AGAAUGAUCAGUCAUCACUCCUCCGAGGCAAGUCUCUCCUUCCCCAAGGUCCCAAUCCUUUCUCUUUAGACCUAAAGUGUUGGUGGGACCCAACAGCGCGUCAGUUCCACCUAAAUCUUGAGCAAAACUCAUCACAGUAAACGAAAUAAACUAAAAAAUAAUGCAUAAAGGUGAAUUUGUUAUUUUCUAGAUCAAUCGUGGGUGUCAAUGGUGUCAUUUGCGGUGCGGUAAAGCUUAUGAUCUCGGAUCAUCAAUGUGAUAAUUCAUUAUCAUAGUCAAUAAUUGAAAGUAUAACAAGAAAGUUAUUCAGAGAAAAUAAAAUAGAAUUAAAAGAAAAACAGACACGCGGGAAUGCAUGUGUCCUCGCGCGAGCAUUAAUGCGUAUAGCUGUGAUUGGUUGGUGCUUGAUGUGAGGAAUUCAACGACGUAACAACAACGACGAGUUCAAGUAAAAGAAGCAGGAGAAGUGCAAACAUAUACUUGUGGAAAUAGUGAAGAGCAAUAAGACGAAGACGAUAGCGCGGGAAAAGGUUACCAGCCGCUCACUUUUGUAGCAGACAUGGACAAGACAAUGAAAAUUAUCUGGCUUGGUUUCAUUUCUUUCAUCUUCCAACUUGAUUUUGGUUCAUGUGCAAGAGGAAAAGGGGCAAAUUAUUAUGGAACAUUAAUAGGACCUUUUUAUUCAGCUGAACAUCGCAUAAAAGGAACAGUUUAUGCUGUUGAUGAAACCACAAUCUUCAUCAAAGGAUUUUACUAUGAUGGAAGGUCUGAAGACACUUUCUUUUGGAUUGGAACUGGUCAGGUUCCAGGCCCACAGGGAGACAUUGUUCCAUAUCCUGAAAAUCAUCAUAGCAGUGAUCCACCAAUACUGAAAACCCACGUUAACACAGAUAUCAUUCUGAGAUUACCCCAAGGCAAGAAAAUACGUGACAUCGAGUGGUUGAGCGUCUGGUGUCGGAGAUUUACCAUGAACUUUGGUCAUGUGAAUAUUGCACCAAAUCUUGAGAUUCCAAGACCUAGAGUACUGCCAGAAUUUUCUAGAUUAGCACAUGGACUACGAAGUGGGAAUAUUAGUAUUCUAGACACCAAAACAAUAUACAUUCCAAAUCUCCAUUAUGAUGGUGGUGGACCUGAUGCAUAUUUCUGGGUGGGAACUGGUUCACAACCAAAUCCAAUGGGCGUCAAAGUCCCCAAUGAAAUGGGAGGCCUGACAAAGUUACGAUCCUACUAUGGUGAGGACAUCGAAAUUGUUCUGCCAGCUAAUUUAACAGUCUUCGACAUCGACUGGUUGUCAGUGUGGUGCGUUCAAUAUAGACACAAUUUCGGACAUGUCAUGAUACCUGAAGAUUUAGAUGUGCCACCAGCACUUGGACAAACUAAAAUCACGACAAGCAGUAGUCCACCAAUAAGACAAGAAAUGGACGAGCUGAGUAAUUGCAAAGAACUGUUGGAAGGUCGAGUUCAAGUGCAAUGGGAGUUACGAAAUGAAGACGUGCAGAUCAAGCUUUCAGGAAGGAUAAAUGAGGAUCAGUAUGUCGCAUUCGGGCUGUCAGGACAAGAAGGAAAGGCACAAAUGGCUGGUGGUGAUGUCGUGGUUGUUGGUUAUGAUAAAAAGAAGAAGGCUUUCAUUGCUGAAGAUUAUUACAUGUCAGAUCUUGCUCAAUGUGAUGGCAAGAAGGGAGUUUGUCCAGAUGAACGACUGGGUGGACGCAAUGAUGUUGUUUACAUCGAUGGACACAGGAAAGAUGGAGUUACUACAGUCGUUUACACCCGACCUUUAAGGACGAAUGAACCGGAAAAAGAUCGUAUAAUACCAGAAAGCGGUGAAACAAGCGUGAUCGCAGCGAUUGGAACGUUUAAUGAAAGGGGAGAAGCUAAUGCUCACUGGGCAGGAGAUAAAACAAGCGAAGAUAUUCGCAUUGAUUUUACAUCAAAGAAUGUUCGUGAAUGUACCAACUCUCUUUAUAAUAUCCCUGAUGACCCUGAAGAUUCACUUGAGCCUUGGCCACCAUCUAUGAUAACCGAUGAGAAUAAUUUCACUGCUAGAAUUGGGCCAACUGGAGGCAAGAGAGGAUACUCUAGAAUUACUGGGCUUCCUUCUUGGGGAAUUGCUUGGUACAUUAAUGACAUGUUGAUCCCAGAAAUCACUGUCGAACGAGGACAAACUUAUACUUUUAUAGUUGAAGGAGGCAGUGACUCGACUAAUCCAGCAAAAUAUCACCCAUUAUAUAUCACUGACAGCAUGUCAGGUGGCUAUGGCCAGAAAACUGAAGCUGAACAGAAUGAAGAAAAGGUUUAUGCUGGUAUCAAUUGGAGUGAAGAUGGAUAUCCUUAUCCUACAGCUACUGGUCGUUAUUGUGAGUGGGCACAUAAAACAGUGGAUAUGAGUGCUAAUUCGCCAACCUUUGCAAGCUUCUUUGAGACCCUUAGACUGGAUUGUGAUCAAGGAGAACCUGCUAAACUCAUCUGGACUGUUCAACAAGAUGCUCCGGAUGUACUCUAUUAUCAGUGUUAUACGCACAAAAACCUGGGUUGGAGGAUUCGUGUGGAGGACCCAGGCCACAAAUCUCAUUUGACAGGCACUGCAAACAAUGUUAAGCCUACUUUGCUGAUGAGUCUCUUAAUCAUCACCAGUAUUCAUACUUUCCUCAGAUGAAUUGUCGUCUUCUAUGUGGAUCUAUUCCAGUUAUACAAUAUCCUAAAUAAAUUCCACACGAAAGGUACAAUAAUAAAUAAAA